AUGGAGGCCGUGGCAAGCAGCCGCGACUGGAGUGUGCCCGUCGAGGCGCCGUCGCAGAUGUGGUGGCUGCACGUCGGAAACACUUUCCAGGAGGACAACAGCCGCGGCGGCCUGGACCUGCACCUGCACACGUCAGCCUACUCCUACGACUGGUUCGAUUUCCACAGAAUGUUUGAUAACGUCAUCGGCAUGGCACGAAACAUACAGUAG